UAACCAACGAAGAAGAAAACCGGCGCUGAUUUUGAACUGUGAAGGAAUGCUGGAAGUUAGCAGGUGUGGUCCUGUUGCUGUUUACCGAGGAGUGUCCAGACAUUUAGUUUGGUUAAAAUAUAUUUUCACGGGGAUUUUGCAGCACCUGUGAGGCGCAGUUUAGACGGAAAGUUCCGAUGGAGUCAUCUGGGAUGAACCUGAACAACCAGUUCCAGAGUCUGAGGGCUCAAGUGGAAGCUCUGAAUGACAGCGUGGAACCACAGUUCCUUCAGAUGGCGGUCCACUUUGAGGAAUGCCGUAAGAAGUGGCUGUUGGCGGGUGACGAGCUGGUUUCCUGCAAGGAGAUGCUGGCCAAGGCAGAGACAGAAAGGGGGGCCCUGGAGGUCAGGCUGAAACACGCCCGAAACCAGGUGGAUGUGGAGAUCCGGCGGCGGCAAAAGGCGGAGGCGGUCCAUGAGAAGCUGGAGCGGCAGCUGCAGCUGAUCCGGGAUCUCCUGGUUUCUGAGAACAAUGGAAGCAGCGUCCAUCUCAGUGAGGAACAGCGGUCAGCUUUGGCCUUCCUCAGUGCUCACUCCCAAGCAGCACAAGGAGCUAAAACAAACCUGAACGGCAGCAGGAGAUUAACUAGAAUUGAAGAAUCCGGUUCUUUGCUGUCAGACAUCAGUUAUGACCAGACGGACGAGUCUUUGGUAAAUGACUGGGAUUCCUCUGUGAUGAAGAACGUCCGACUCCGCAAAAGACAAAAAAGACGCUCCUCCAGAAAACAUUCGGAAGGUCCCCCUCUUGCAGCAAAGAAAUCCCGCUCCACUGGACGUGCAUCGGAGAAGGUUAAUGAGUCCAUUGUGGCUAAAACAACCAUCACAACUAACGGGGCUGUUGUUGAGGCCGUCUCCACUAUUGAAGCCGUGCCUUACUGGACGCGUGGCAGGAAGAGAAGCGAAGCUCUUCUGUUUGGUCAAACAAACACAACUGACCAGUCUGAGUCCGCCAGUGAGGUUUCUGGCACUCUGGCUCCAAGUUUAACCGGCCCACCCAAACCUCUGCGAGCUAGAGCAGGAAAGAAGCACAACUUCAUCGCCAAAACCGUAAUCAAGUCCGAGUUCUGUGGUCCGUGUGGAAGAAGAACAAAGUUUGGCAAACUUUAUCUCCGUUGUCAAGACUGCCGGGUCGUGGCUCAUCCGGAGUGCCGUGACCUCUGUCCUCUGCCCUGCAACCCCCCCGCCGUGGCCACUCCCAUCAGAACCACUGAGGCCACCCUCGCUGACUUUGCUCCUCCCACGGCGCCGAUGAUCCCGGCUUUGGUCAUCUUCUGCGUCAAAGAGAUCGAGCGCCGAGGCCUUCGGGAGGUUGGUCUGUACAGAGUCUCUGGUCAUGAGCGUGCGGUGAAGGAGCUGAAGGAGAAGCUCGUUCGAGGAAAAACUCUGCCUCUUCUCAACAAAGUGGAGGACAUCAACGUCAUUGCCGGAGUCCUGAAAGACUUCCUCAGAAACCUGCCAGAGCCUCUGCUCACCUUUCACCUCAACAAGGUCUUCAUGGAAGCAGCAGAGAUCCAGGAUGAUGGCAACUGUCUGGCUACGUUGUAUCAAACCAUCAGUGAGUUGCCUCAACCCAACAGAGACACGCUGGCCUUCCUCAUGAUCCACCUACACAAGGUGGCCCAAAGUGUGGACACCAAGAUGGAUGUGAAGAAUCUGGCCCGGGUGUUCGGCCCCACUCUGGUGGGUCACGCUGUUCCCGACCCGGACCCCAUGACCAUCCUGCACGACACCAGCAGACAACCAAAGGUCGUAGAGCUCCUGAUGAGCAUGCCGCAGAGCUACUGGAGCCGCUUUGCUUAUCCAGAUGUCACAGACAUGGACUCUUCACAGCAGCCCGACUCCCCCAAACACAAAGUGAGCAUCCUGGGACCAGUGACCACCCCAGAACACCAGAUGAUAAGCAAAACUCCUUCGUCCAGCUCGCUGUCCCAGAGGAUGAUGCAGACGCUGUCCAGCACCAGCUUUUUUGGAAGCAAGAGCAAAGCAGCAUCUGCCCCAAACCGACAGGGCAACUUCUUCACAUCUCCACAGCUGAAGUAAUGACAAAACACUCAUCUCUUCAUACUAUCAUGCAAAAAAGGAUUAUGCAGUUAUAAAACUUUAAGAAUGUCAACAUUUUAAUCCAAAGGGCUUCAUACUAUUUUUCUCAUUACUGUGGGCAUAUUUGUAAACAUUUUUACUAAUGAAAAAACUUUUUAUUUGUGAGAUACUUUUAUUGCUGGCAUGAAUCCUGUGAAUGUAAACAGAGACACAGAACAGUUUUUUUUUAAUCUAAUUUUGUUUGUUUUUAAGAUGUUGGCAUUCAUCAGUUGUUUUAAAAAUCUAACCUCUUUUUUAAAUAUUUAUGGAAACUGUUUUUAGAAAUACUUUGAAAACUCCUUUAGAAAUGUUUAACAUGAAUAUUAUUUGUAUGUUGCUGCUAACUGCACCGCCUGUAAUCACCAGGCCUCCUUCACCACUAGGGGGUGGUGUUGCACCACUUUUGAUAUUGAGUCACCUUUACUUUAUACUGUACUUUGCUUAAAUUCAUUUAAACUUUUAUAUAAAACAAAACUAUUAGAUUCUAAACAAUCCACAUAAAGUCAAAACUGCUUUAAUUUUUUAAUAAUUCAGCUUUUUGUUUAAAAUAAAAUCUAGUUAACAUUCAAUAAAAUAUACUUACAUUACAGCAGAAAAAAACCUUAAUAUUACACUACUAUGCAUUUCUAUAUUUUUGUAUUUUUACAGACUAAAUAUGUUGUGAUCGACACAUAACUUCACCAAAGGAUUGCUCUGUAUUUUUUACUAAAAAAAUGAAGUCUGUAAAUAAAACACAAGUGAAACUUU